CGGCGGGGCCGGGCUUGCGCCGCUUCCUGCGGAGCCGCCGGGCUCUGCGAGCAGCCGGCAGCCCCGGCGCGCCGCGGCCCCGCCGGCCCCGGCCCCGGCCCCUCGCCGCGCCCCGCCGCCUCCGCCGCCGCCGCGCUCGGCCCGGCGCCCCCGGCGGGCCCGGCCGCGCCGCCGCCGCACGCUGGCGCAGAGGCCCGGGCCCGGGCCCGCCUCGCCGCUCAGGAUGUCCCGGAAGGCGCAGCGGGCGGAGGUGUGCGCCGACUGCAGCGCCCCAGACCCCGGCUGGGCCUCCAUCAACCGCGGCGUGCUCAUCUGCGACGAGUGCUGCAGCGUGCACCGCAGCCUGGGCCGCCACAUCUCCAUCGUCAAGCACCUGCGCCACAGCCCCUGGCCCGCCACGCUGCUCCAGAUGGUGCACACCUUGGCCAGCAACGGGGCCAACUCCAUCUGGGAGCACUCGCUGCUGGACCCGGCGCAGGUGCAGAGCGGGCGCCGCAAGGCCAACCCCCAGGACAAAGUGCACCCCACCAAGUCGGAGUUCAUCCGCGCCAAGUACCAGAUGCUGGCCUUCGUGCACAAGCUGCCCUGCCGCGACGACGACGGCGUCACCGCCAAGGACCUCAGCAAGCAACUGCACUCGAGCGUGCGGACGGGCAACCUGGAGACCUGCCUCCGCCUGCUCUCGCUGGGCGCCCAGGCCAACUUCUUCCACCCGGAGAAGGGCACCACGCCGCUGCACGUGGCCGCCAAGGCCGGCCAGAUCCUGCAAGCGGAGCUGCUGGUGGUCUACGGCGCCGACCCCGGGGCGCCCGACGUCAACGGCCGCACGCCCAUCGACUACGCCAGGCAGGCGGCCCAGCACGAGCUGGCCGAGCGGCUGGUGGAGUGCCAGUACGAGCUGACCGACCGGCUGGCCUUCUACCUCUGCGGCAGGAAGCCCGACCACAAGAACGGGCACUACAUCAUCCCGCAGAUGGCGGAUAGAGUGCGCCCCAAGUGCAUGGCACAGAGCCUGGACCUGUCCGAGCUGGCGAAGGCGGCCAAGAAGAAGCUGCAGGCGCUCAGCAACCGGCUCUUCGAGGAGCUGGCCAUGGACGUGUACGACGAGGUGGACCGCCGCGAGAACGACGCGGUGUGGCUGACGACGCAGAACCACAGCACGCUGGUGACGGAGCGCAGCGCCGUGCCCUUCCUCCCCGUCAACCCCGAGUACUCGGCCACCCGCAACCAGGGCCGGCAGAAGCUGGCGCGGUUCAACGCGCGGGAGUUCGCCACGCUGCUCAUCGACAUCCUGGGCGAAGCCAAGCGCCGGCAGCAGGGGAAGAGCCUGCUGAGCCCCACAGACGCCCUCGACUACUCGCUGCGGAGCCAGAGCGACCUGGACGACCAGCACGACUACGACAGCGUCGCCUCCGACGAGGACACGGACCAGGAGCUGCUGCGCAACGCCUCCCGCAACAACCGGGCCCGGAGCAUGGACUCCUCGGACCUGUCGGACGGCCCCAUCACGCUGCAGGAGUACCUGGAGGUGAAGAAGGCCCUGGCGGCCUCCGAGGCCAAGGUGCAGCAGCUCAUGAAGGUGAACAACAGCCUGAGCGACGAGCUGCGCCGGCUGCAGCGCGAGAUCCACAAGCUGCAGUCGGAGAACACGCAGAUGCGGCAGCAGACGGGCCCCGCGCACCCGGCGCCGGCCCCCAGCGAGCGCCCGGAGCAUGGGCACCCCCCGGGCCCGGCCGCCGCGCACCGCCGCGACCGCCAGGCCUUCUCCAUGUACGAGCCGGGCUCGGCGCUGAAGCCCUUCGGGCAGCCCGUGGAGGAGCUGGUGACGCGGCUGCAGCCCUUCGGCUCCAGCGAGGUGGAGGACGAGGCUCUGUACCCCGUGCACAUCCCCGCCAGCGUGUACCGGAUCCGGAAAGGCGUGUCGGCCUCCUCGGUGCCCUUUCCCCCGUCCUCCCCGCUGCUCUCCUGCCCGCCCGACGGUGCCCGGCACAUGAGCAAGCUGGACCGGCACGGCAGCGGCACCGACAGCGACUACGACAACACGCAGGCGGGUGAGGUCCUGCUCAGCGUGGAGGGGAAGCGGUUCGUGGAGCUGAGCAAGGAGGAGGACUUCCCGCACGAGCUGGACCCGCUGGACGGGGAGCUGGACCCCGGGCUGCCCAGCACCGAGGACGUCAUCCUCAAAACCGAGCAGGUCACCAAGAACAUCCAGGAGCUGCUGCGGGCGGCACAGGAGUCCAAGCACGACAGCUUCGUGCCCUGCUCGGAGAAGAUCCACUCGGCUGUGACGGAGAUGGCCUCGCUCUUCCCCAAGAAGCCGGCGCUGGAGACGGUGCGGAGCUCCCUGCGGCUGCUCAACGCCAGCGCCUACCGGCUGCAGAGCGAGUGCCGCAAGACGGUGCCGCCGGAGCCGGGCGCCGCCGUGGACUACCAGCUCCUGACGCAGCAGGUCAUCCAGUGCGCCUACGACAUCGCCAAGGCCGCCAAGCAGCUCGUCACCAUCACCACGCGGGAGAAGAAGCAGUGAGCGCCGGCCCCGGGCACCGCUCCUUCCCGGCGGAGCCGGCGCGGUGCCCGUGCUGCACGCCCGGCGCCCGGUGCUGCACGCCCGGCUGGCGUCCCGGGCCGCGCGGUGCCGGUGCCCAGCGCGUCCCCUGGCCCAGGAGUGCGGUAGGUGCCUGCAGCCCCUCCUGUAUAUAUAUAUUUACCCCCUCCUUCCCACCCCACUGCCCCGCGCGCCUAACUUAUCCUGUACAUAGCGUGCGUAGCUGCCGGCGGGGGGGUGCCCCCUCCCCUCGCCCCGGCUCCGCGGCCCCCCCCCCCCCGGGGGCCGCCCACAGCGUUACACUGGAUGGGGGGUGCAAGCGGCGGGGGUGGCGCAGGAGCCCCCGCCGCCCCGCGCGUCCUUGUACAUUUGUAUCAAUAAAGAUGUGAGCGUUGCACGGCC